AUGCAAGUCUGGCCCUCUUCUCUGCUCGACGAUGCCGCCGCUCUUCCUUCUGCUGUUUCUCCCUCUCCUGCCGCUCGACCUCCUCUACCUCCUUCCUCUGCGCAUCUUGCUUCUGCAGGCGCUCCAUCUACUGCUGUUUCUCCCUCUGCUGCCGGUCUGCCUCCUCUGCCUCCUUCCUCUGCGCAUCCUCCUUCUUUAGGCGCUCCAUCUCCUGUUGUUUCUCCCACUGCUGUCGGUCUACCUCCUCUGCCUCCUUCCUCUGCGCAUCCUCCUUCUGCAAGCGCUCCAUCUCCUGCUGUUUCUCCCUCUGCUGCCGGUCUGCCUCCUCUGCCUCCUUCCUCUGCGCUUCCUCCUUCUUCAGGCGCUCCAUCUCCUGCUAUUUCUCCCUCUGCUGCCAGUCUACCUCCUCUGCCUCCUUCCUCUGCGCAUCCUCCUUCUGCAAGCGCUCCAUCUCCUGAUGUUUCUCCCUCUGCUGCCGGUCUGCCUCCUCUGCCUCCUUCCUCUGCGCAUCCUCCUUCUGCAGGUGCUCCAUCUCCUGCUGUUUCUUCCUCAGCUGCCGGUCUGCCUCCUCUGCCUCCUUCCUCUGCGCAUUCUCCUUCUGCAGGCGCUCCAUCUCCUGCUAUUUCUCCCUCUUCUGCCGAUCUGCCUCCUCUGCCUCCUUCCUCUGCGCAUCCUCCUUCUGCAGGCGCUCCAUCUCCCGCUGUUUCUCCCUCUCCUGCCGGUCUGCCUCCUGUAGCCGCUCCACCUCUUCCUGUUUCUCCCUCUGCAGAUGGUCGGCCUCCCCGCUCGGCGUCCACUCUCAGAAUCACUGCCAACCUCUUCUCCACCUCAUUUAGCAUCCCCUCCUUCAACUCCUUCAUCCCCGACUUCAUCUCCUUCACAGCCUCCAUCAUCUCCUUUAUUCCAUCCUCCACAUCCUUCUGCCGCCGCUCUUCGUCCAGCUGUUUCUUCUUCCUCAACCGCUCUGUGGCCUCUGCUUCCUUUCUCUUCUCCUCUUCCUCCUUUUGUCUCUCCCUCCUCUAUCGCUCGGAGUCCUCUGCCAGAACCGAUGUCAACCCCUCUACCGCCUGCUUUACCAUCCCAUCCUUAGUCUCCUUCGAACCCACCUUCAUCUCCUUCAUCACCUUCAUCAAUUCCGUCAUCUCCUUCAUCCCCUCUCUCGUCGCCUCCCACUGA